CUUCUUCUUUUUGUCUCUUUCUGCAGUGCAGUGCAGGCCAACGGUACAAUACUCAAAUCAGGCCAAUUGCUUUGCUUUGCUUUGCUUUGAUAUGGAUAUUGAGAGAGAGAGAGAAAACCAUGAGGAUUAUUUUAUUUGAUGUACCUGAAUUCAAUUGAACUGAACGCCUUGUGGAUUGGGUUAUGGACUGCUUGCUUGUCUUGCUAUUAUGGAGAGAAAACGCAGAGCCUGGAAAAUGAUCAAUCGCUGGUUUCUGAGGAAUAAUAAUCAUAAGAGACCCAAUCCCUUCCAGCUCGCUGCCGAAAUUUCAGAUGCCUGCGAAGAUGACGAGGAUCUAUGUUCUUCUGGAUCGCCCGCCAUGGAUCCAUGCACUGCAAAUGACGACUUAAGAAUCUUUGUGGGUACCUGGAAUGUAGCGGGAAAGUCUCCUGUAGGAAGUUUGGCUGUGGAUUUGGACGAAUGGUUGAAUCUCAGGGAUGCAGCUGAUGUCUAUGUUCUUGGAUUCCAAGAAAUCGUGCCGUUGAAGGCCAAGACUGUGAUCGGAGGGGAGGAUCCAACAGAGGCUACUAACUGGAAUCUACUCAUCGAAAAAAUCCUCAACGAUAAAUUCGGAUGCCCGUGGCUAACGUCUAUGGUGUACCCCGUGACCAGCGACAACUUCAGCCAUGUCGGCGAGCCAAGCUCGGAACCGCACCUAGCAGAUCCUGUAAAAGACCAGCAGAGCAUUGAGUUAAACAGUCGAAAUCAAUCCAGCAAGUACAAAUUAAUAGCAAGCAAGAAGAUGGUUGGAGUGUUCAUAAGUGUGUGGAUGAGAACAGAGUUGCUCAAUAAGUAUGAUGUCUCGGGAGUUAAAGUUUGCUCGGUCGGUUGCGGCAUUAUGGGGUAUCUAGGAAACAAAGGAUCCGUCUCAGUCAGCAUGUCGAUAGGCGGGACUAGUUUUUGCUUUGUGGCAGCUCAUUUAGCCUCCGGGGAGAAGAAAGGAGACGAAGGGCGAAGGAACCAGCAAGUCUCCGAGAUUUUUAGGCGAACAUCUUUCGCGAGGAUACCAGAGGACGGCCACAAGCCUCAUCCAUUAACCAUCUUAGGACAUGAUCAGGUAUUCUGGUUUGGAGAUCUCAACUACAGAUUGUACCUGGAAGACAACUUAGCAAGAGAGUUAAUAAAACAGCAAGAUUGGAGAGCAUUGCAGAAGUUUGAUCAGUUGCGCCACGAGCUAGAUCAUGGUGGCGUAUUCCAGGGUUGGAAAGAGGGGAACAUAGAAUUUGCACCUACUUACAAGUAUUCUUCUUACAACGGCAAUAGAUAUUCUGGCGGGAUGCCAGGUAGAGCUGGAGAAAAACAACGAACUCCGGCAUGGUGUGAUAGGAUUUUGUGGUAUGGUAGGGGAGUAAGGCAGGUGUCUUACAUCCGGAGCGAGAGCAAGUUCUCAGACCAUCGUCCCGUGUCAGCGCUUUUCUCUGCUCGGGUUGUAGCUAAAUCUCCAAGCAGAAUGUGCUCUCCUGCGGUGUCAACAAACUCCAUCGAAAAAUCGCCCGGCAAACCUAAAAAGGAAUUGCCUAGUGAAGAAGCUCCUCCAUCCACAUUGCUGUCAUUACUUGUCAACGAAAUUCAAGCUUCCCCGGAAAUUUGAAGAGGGUUCAGAUGUCAACUGCAUCACAGUCAAGCUUAUUGAGUGGAAUUGUGAUUAGAACAAAGAAGAAAAAAGUUUGGAGAAAAUUGUAUAUUCAUUCUCUACUUGUAAAAGUUUAGAGUAGGAAAGUGACCUUUUCUAGUUACAAUUUUUGGUUGUGUCGAUUCAUCCGAGUGAAAUGAACAUCAAGAAAAGAUAGAAAGUCAACUCUGCUUUUUAUUGCCUCAUUGGAGGUAACAUAAUCAUUAGUCCAUUAUAUAUUGAUGACUGCUACUACUGUUGUAUUAAUAUUUCUGUUCAGGGAAAUGCAUAAAAGGUUAGAUCAUCUUCUUGAGAUGAUCUUUUCUGCA